AUGCCAUUCGGAUUGACUAAUGCACAUGCGGCUUUUAUGGACUUAAUGCACCGAAUCUUUAAGUCUUACCUAGAUCAGUUUGUGAUGGUGUUCAUUAAUGAUAUACUGGUGUAUUCUAAAACUUUGGAGGAUUAUGAGAAACAUUUGAGAGUUGUUUUACAGACUUUGGUGGAACAUCAGUUGUAUGCUAAGUUUAGCAAAUGUGAAUUCUGGUUGAAAGAAGUAACUUUCUUAGGUCAUAUAAUUUUCAAGGAUGGAAUUAAAAUGGAUCCAACCAAAGUUGAAGCAGUUUCUAAGUGGAAGCAACCGGAAAAUCCUACUGAAGUUCGAAAUUUUAUAGGGUUAGCAGGAUAUCAUUGGAGAUUUAUCAAAAAUUUUUCUAAAAUUGCUGGACCCAUGAUUGAGUUGACUAAAAAAAGUGAAAAAUUUAUAUGGGACCCGAAGUGUGAAGAAAGUUUUCAGGAGUUAAAGAGACGAUUGAUGAGGGCACCUGUAUUAGCUUUACCUAAUCGAAAGAAUAGCUUUGUAGUAUAUACAGAUGCUUCCAAAGAAGGCUUGGGGUAUAUAUUGAUGUAG